CACUAUCUUCUGUCUGCCUUGUGCCAGUCGCGUGUUCGUGUCGUGCCGGUAUCCGCGUGUGUACUCUACUGUCUCUGGAGUGUUUGUGAUAUCUGGAAUACUCAACACAGCACUGACAGUUGUGUUUUAUGUAUGCUGUUCUCUGAAAAUUAACAAGAGCAUGUCCUCUGGCUAAUGGAUCAUUGAAGCGAGCUAGGUUUAAGGGCGCCCAUUAAAGAAUAUGACGAGUCAUUUCAUUGUAUUGCCGAAUUGAUUACGUCUAACGUAUGAAGAAUUAAACUAGAUCAAGAUAUCCAACCAGGCUGUAGCGGUACAUGAGUAUUUCGAUGCUGCCAACGUAGCUCCAGACGCACCAUGAACGGCGGGCUGGUCGCGGACCGAGAACCCCGCAAGGUGACCGUGGUACCUCCUAGCCCCAGGCCGGCUCCCGGCAAACGAUCGUGCUGCCACGCGCACCUCAACAGUCUCUGGAGCGUCUGGUACGGACUCAGUGCUGUCGGACUACAAGCCUACAUCGCCUUCCAGUCGGGCCUUCGGUUUCUCGACUACCUGGACCUGGCAUGGCCUGCCGCCUCCGCCCCCCGCCUGGAACUUCACGCCUAUGUCGUCCUCACGGGCACCGCCGUGCUCCUGCUGCCUGUGUUUCUAGCAACUGCUGUCUUCAAGGUAGGCAAUCUCGCCAAUGACGGUUUCAAGCUUGGACGGAGUAUGAGCACUUGCUCCGUGGAUCCUCCCAACUCCGUUUCCCUCGGCGGCGGCGGCCCGAGGGGCUUCUGGAGACACUCUGGACCCACAGCGCCCUUACUCCACAUCAUCGCCGCCUUCUGCCUACUGCUACCUAGGCUACUUAUGGAGGCACGCCUCAUACAAGCCGGGUUUCUGCCAAAAGACAUGAUCUGGCGUACAGAUCUGGAUUUCUUGGUGGCACAACGAGAUCGCCUGGUGGUCUUGAGCUUCAUGACCUCCUCACCCAAUGUGAAUAUGAGCUUCCUGCCGACCCCUUUACCACAAGACACCAGCUCGGCCUCGCCCACAGACAAGCCGCAGAGUCUGCCUCUCAGUGUUGGUAUCCCUGGGCAGGAGCUCUCUAUGGAUGAUGAUCCCAAGUGGGGCCCAGUAUCUCCUGAGCUGCUGAACUACGCUCUAGCUCUCUUUGUGUAUGCGAUCCGAUAUCCUGCCGUCUUCUGGAACACGAAUAAAUGGUUUGGAGCCCUCUUCUCCAUCCAGCUGUUGAUUAACGGGGCCCAGUGUCUCCUCAUGUAUGCAGGUGUCAGUGUGCUCUACAAGGUUCAUGUGAUCGGACCAUCUGAAGCUCUACCGUUACUUCACCAACGUGUCGGUCUCAGUCCAAGCAUGCCUCAACAUUUCCUCCUCAACCGAGAGAUUACCCUUGCAUUGUUCAUCUUCUCAUCCCUUCUAGUCAUCAAAUCUAGUCUUGUUCUCUACUUGUAUGGGUAUGGCCGUGUGGUUAUGUACAGGCUGAACGCAUUUGUGAAUCGUGAGCGGGCACGUCGGGUGAUCAGCCUGCACGAGAGCGAGACAGGGCGGGGCUGGAGCUACUUUACACACUGCGCAGCGCUUUGUGUGCUGCUGGCAAUGGCAGUGUGCGAGGCCCCACUGCUCUACGACAGCACUGUGGUGUACCGUGGCAGCCUGAGCCCAGCAGUGCUGGCCUGCGUGGUUGCCGCAGUGGUACACCUGUUCCUCUGGGUUCUGCUAUGGCUGGUACUCACAGUCAAGCAGCAUUGGAGGUUCAAGCUACGGAUCACUGUCGGGCGGGCUGCAGUCCGCUCAGCCCGCUCCAUCCGACUGGUCACAGAGGUAGAUUUGCUCUCCACAACCUCUGACUAUGCCCAGCCACUGCUAGUUGUAGGCAAUGGGCGUACCUACACAAUCUCCGAGUCCUCUCCCAAGAAGGCUAUCAUGGGAGUUAUCCAAAAGUGUGCCAUGGAGAAGAAAGCCAGAGGAAGUCAAGGUUCGGCCAGCAGCAGUGCUAAAGAUUGGAUGGAUCGAGAGGAGGAACAGAUUUACUGGCUGAGGCCUAAGCCAACAACUCCCAAGCAUUCGCCAGAUUCUUCUUCAUCUGAUAGGCUUGAGUGGCUGAGGAAACCUACCAAUACAAAACACAAAGUUACCUUCGACCCUAGCUCUAAGAAGUGUCGUAGCAGUAAAGGUCCUGAAGACUCAGAGGAUGAUGGAGACUAUGCGAGACUGCGUGAACUACCGAUGUUGAGUGCUUCUGGUGCUGAACAAAGUGAUGGUGACACUGCCUCUGAAGAUAAUAAGCUUUUGGAGUGUGUUCGCACUGGCAACGUAACAUACGCCCGCACUAACUGUGACUUGCUUAUCCCUGGGACUGGAGACUACGAGGAUCCCAGUCCUCUGUUGACACCGGAUCCCCACGAGGACAAUGACCUCCCUCCCCCUCCAGGCCCCUCCCCUCCACCCCCACCACCUCCAACGUCUGCUGCCAAUGAGCAACUGACCACUCCAAGGUGUCUUCGCAGAGCAGAUUCUGGAAUGCCUCAGGAUGAACUAACACCUCGCUCAGACUCCGUGAGCACUGAGGCCUCUGGAGCCUCUCCUCCAGAGCAAAGCGAGCUUGGUGGAUCUCCUCCAGACCAUAGUGAGACCUCUAGCGGAGUACACUCCAACUCAAGCAGGGAGUCCGCUUCCGCUCAGAGGCGGUCCACCAGUGUCGAUGACUUGGCUACUGAUGCUGCCAAUAAGGUUCAGGUUCAGUGGCGAAGUGUUUCACUACAACGAGGAAUGCAGCCCCCACAGCCUGACCAGAGCUACAGCUCCUACAGGGCCCAGAACAUGGAGCAGACUUAUGGAAUUCUACGGAACAACAUUACAGUACAGAAGGAACCCACGUACGGCAACAUGGGGGCCCGUGUCUCCCUCAAUCCACAUGAGCCAAUCUAUGCACCCUACCGGCCACAGCAACUCUACACCAAGAGUCCACCGGUUAUAAGUGAAGAGGAAGAUGUGGUGAUAAGGCGGCGUGUGAGCCGACCCGAGACUGCCCCAACAUGCACAGCUGUUACGGAACCCUUUGGCAGAGCUACCAAUAUGCGGCUGACAUCGUUCACAGAUCGACCACAACAGUCCGCUACACUCCCACACUACCCCACACAAGUGGUGAACCCAGCCUACCCCCACUGCUCUACUAUGCCCCUCCCUGUGUCCAACCCGACCGUACCUACGCUCUUAGGCAGCGGCACUAGUUGUAAUUCAUUUCCGAGACAACACACGACAAUUCCCACCCACCACAACGGGGUGAGACUGUUCAACCCCAAUCCCUACUCCAAACGUCUCUUCCCCCUCCCUCUUCGAGGGUACGCUCCCCCUGACCCAGGUCACCAUUCCUUCCCACAAAUUAUGAAUCUCAAACAAAACAUCCAGCACAAACCUGAGCGAGACUCUGCAAAUUUCUCACUAGCUUCUAGUGGUGACUCCGAUACGCACACGUGAACUCUUACCUUUGGUUAAGUCUUACAUGUGAUAUAAAAUUAUAAAUGUAUACAGUAUUAGUGUAGUCGUAACUUACCAAAGAUAGAUUAUCAUAAGGUAUCAGAGGUCUAUAAUUUCACUCCAGUAUUGAAAGCUUUGCAAUAAAGUGUUGAAACCGCUGUAAUUCUAUUAGUCUCUUCUAGCAACAUUUGCAAAGCAUUCAUAAGUGUACUAUUUUUGUAAAAAGUUGUAUGUAAUUUCUUACAGUUAGUUAAUUUGUUUAAAUUAAUUACUGACUGGAAUAAAAGUUGUAAAUUAUAUUUAAACCAAAAUUACUAUUAGGAAUAUUUGAUAUUAUUAAGGUAGUUAAUAUGAGCUACAAAGAUGCACAACAUUGUAUAAUUUUUAUUCAAGUAUACUAACAGUAAAAUCUGUCAUAUUUGGGACACGUUACAGUACAUUGAGCCGAGCCGUCAGUAACAUAAGUACUGCAUAAGUCCCUUAUCUAACUAUCUGUAAUAGGUGAAAAGAGCAGAAUCGAUUAAACUUGCCAGUUUUUAUGAUUGUUUAUUUUCACUAACUCAGUCUUUUUGUUAUAUUGGAGAACGUACUUUAAAAAACAGUAAUGUUCACAAUAUCUACAUAUAUUUCGUAUACCAUUUAAAUACUUUUAAAAUAUUAAAAUUGUAUAAUUAAAUUGACAGCAAAUUAACUUAAAUUGGCGGCAACAGAAAAAUAACAAUUUUUUCUUAAUUAGACAUACUGUAUUAAGUUAUUGGACAGAUCAUCAUCAUUAUAUUGGGUGUACAAGUGCAAUUCAAACAAAUAUUUUUUAUAGAACUAUUUCAUGCUGAUGUCUAAUUAUAUAUCUAUGAUAUCAAUUUAUUUUAUUUCAGAAAAACAUUUACCGUUUUGAUCUGAAUAUGACAGGUUGUACUGUAUUAUUGAAUGUAGCUCAGAGUUAAUUUCAGGUGCAAUUACUGCAAUGUAUUGUUCAAAAUUAUAAAAAAAUGAUGUAGUGGAGAUUUGAGACAAGGGUAAUUGGAAGACAGAUAAGAGCCCUUAAUCAAAUAAAUAUAAUUGAUUUGUGAUUUGUAAUUUAGUAAACGCAUUUCUAAUUUUAAAUGCUUCAAUUAAUUUUUCUAAUGAUGUUUCAUACAAAACAAUAAAAAUGUUUAGUACACUAGACAUAAAACAUUUUAUACUUAGUUGUUUAAGUAAAAUAUAGUCCACAAUUACAUUGAAUGUACCUGGAACCAUUUAUAACAAGACGACAAUAACCUAAUAUAGGUUAGAUUCACCUAGUUGAAUACAGUAAAAAAAGAUCAAAACAAAAAUACAAAACCAUUUUUUACAACUCAUUGCUAAAUUUAUAAAGGAUUUUUGAAAUUUUUGUAUAACAAAAUAUAUUUGUGUAACCAUUUAUGUAUUUUGCAUUUUUAUACGAAAAAUUAUAGGAUCUAUGUAGAAUGGUUCUCUAAAAAUAGUUAUUUUAUUUAAAUUUUAGUCAUCGAAUAAAAAUAUGAAGAAAAACACUCCAAAGUGUUUCAGCUAUGUUAGACAUCCAUCCAUGCAUGCUACUUGACUCUUAUUACAUGCUUAUACCUAAAUUACUGCUUUACAUUUCCCUUACAAGCUUCUGAACUCUGACUACUCUCACAUAUCUGUCAUUUAGUACAAUAAUUAUAUUGAUGUACAAAAUAUCAUGGUUAUUGUUAGAUAUUUAAAUAUGUAAUAAUAUGUUUAUAAUUUCAUAUAUGUUAUUUGUGUUUAUCACAAGUUAUUAAUGUUUUAAGUUGUUAUUCAAUCCCAAGGAAACUCAGGGUGUUUUAUUAUCACUGCCAGAAUAUUGAACUCUAAAAUAUAUUAAAUUGAAUUUUGCUAUAAACCAGUCGAGAAUUUUGUCUUUACAGUAAAUCUAAUUUUCCUGUUGAAAUGACAUCUAAAAUUUUAAACUGGGAAGAUUAAAUUAAUAUUAUCUCAUUUAACAAUUAAAUAAACUACUUUUAUAUGUUUAUAAGAAGUAGGACUUUCAACAUAUGUCAAAAAGAAUAAUUCAGUAAACAAAGUAAGAUGAUCUCAUAACAGUAAAUAAAAGUUGUUGAACUUCAAAUUUGUAUUUGUUUUUAUUAUACCAUACAUAGUAUAUAAGUUCCAGCCAACUCAAGGUAAUCAAUCUGUAGAUUUGAUUAAAUAAAUAUGGUAAGUUAAAAUUAUAUUAUGUUAAGGCCAAUUAUUGUAUACCUAUAUCACUGUUGCAUUUGUGUAUUAAUAAGCUUUCUGUUUUGUUAAACAAAUAAUUUUUACCAUUUAUUAGUCUGUAUUGACCAUAUCAAAGACUACAAUACUAAAAUAUACAGGGUCUUUAUAAAAGAAUACUAUUAAGCUAAAAAAUUACAACCUUAUUACAGUAAUAAACAACUUAAAAUCAAUUAUUUAGUCUAAAUAGCAGAGGAAUUUAGUACAUUACUUUCACAUAAUAUCAUGUUUCUAUAGGACUCAUUGCAGAAAAGAUAAAACACAGAAAGAUAAAACUGUCAACAACCGUUCACGUUGCAGUCCGAUGGUCAAGCCUAGUACUACCAUUAACUGGACUUAGCACAACUGGUUCUAGUUACUACACCUAUAAUAAUACAACCAAGAUUUAAUUGAUUUAAGGCCCCAUUCUUUAUUGUUUUAUUAUCAUUAUUAUUGUAAUAUCUUCAUAAUACUCAGAAUGAGUUUGAAGUAUCAAUUGUGAUUAGGUAUAUCAUAGACACUUUAUCUUAAACAAGCAUGAGCUCACAUAACACAUUGUUGCAGAAGGUUUACUGUUAGUAACAUAAGUAGCAGAAGGAGCAUGAGCAUAUUUAGGGCAAUAUGUUUAUACAUAUAUCUCGUCUAUGGAUGCUGUGAAAUACAAGAAAGGAAUAUUAACAAACAUGCUGUAAUACGGUAAAGGAGAAUAAAUUACACCAAACAUAAAAGUACCAAAAUAUACUAGCAUCUACCUUGAAUAAAACAUACCAUUGUAAGUAAAAUUUAAUACAAAAUAAUCUAAAACUACUAAACCCAUUUAAGUGAGACUUAUCCCUGUAUACCCUAGUCAUCAAUUUUGUGAAAGACAAAAAGCCCCCUGAACAAUAAGCAUUUUGAGUAAAUUACGAUUGGCACUUUAGUAUUAUCCGGAGGCCAAUAUUUUUUUGAAGAGUUUAUUCUUUACUGGAGACUUCAACAAACUACAUUUUUAGAAAUAACAGACUUUAUUUGACUUAUUGUGAAAAUUACAUGUCAUUCAUUAUGAUGAUCGGUUCUUGUUUUCUGUCUCCUAUAAGGACGUGAUGACGGCAAGAAGGAGGCCACUCUGUCCCUAUCCUAUUUGUUAUUAAGCUAUAUAAGUAGGUACAAACGUAUGUACCUAUUAUAAAUAAAUUAAAAAUAUAACGAAGCUCAUGUGAUCUGAGCUUGAAUUUGGAUACUAUCUAGAGGAAUAUUUUUUGUUAUCAAACGUGCAAGGCACCACCAAAGCCCAAAGUGACUGCCAGAGGCAUUUCUAAUCGGUACUUUCCUGACCUCAGAUCACAUCCCAUAUCAUCCAACUUUUCUGAUGUCAGAUCACGUUGUACGUUGUAAGUCAAAUAAAGUCUGUUCUUUCCAAUAAUUUAGUUUUUUAUGUUUCCCAUAAGGAAAAAAUAGUGGCUUUCAGAUAAUAUUAAAGUACCUUAAAAUUUCAGAAAGAGUUGGAACAAGACAGCAAAACCGUGAAAACAAAUUUCCUCACUACACAACUUAUAAGAGACAAAUCUUCAACUAUAGUGCUGGAAUAACACUGAGCCAAUAGUGUUAUCACUGCAGAAAAAAAACUUUUGGUAACAGUUGCAUAUAAAACACUUGUAUAUCACACUGCUUUCUAGUUGGCUAUCAAAGGAAAGAUUCUAAGAAAAUCAACCAUUUUAUAACCUAUCAAACAAACACAUUCCAAUACCAAAGUUACGGAAGCCAAGUUUCACUGUCUCCUUAUUCUGAAUGGAACAAAAUGACUGCCAGAAUUGCAGGGUUUGCAUGGGAUUAGGUAUUAUGUUUAACUCCCAAAUAUAGUAGCUGUUAAAAUUAUAAAGGAUCAUUAAUCUGGUCACCAGUACUCUUUCUAUAACUUCUUUACUGUGUUUAAACCCAUGAUAACGUGGAAUAAAUAUGAAUGUAUACUUUUCUUUCUUACAACUAUUAACUUAAUAUUUUCUCUUCAAUUUAAGACCAAAGUCAUUAGACCAAUCAUGUUUAUUCACUACUAAAUUAUUAAUUUUUUUAAACAACUUGAUAACACUAAAUCUAAUUCUGUACAGCUUCUUUGUAGAUAGCAAUUUAUAAUUAAUGUAUGUACAGUGGUCAAAACAUGUAGACCAUUUGGGAAAUUGUAAUUAUGCGCAUGUUUGAAACAGGUUAAGAAAGUAUUGUAGGUCUUUAUUUAAUAGAUUUAUUUUAUUUUGUAAUACUUUAACAUACACUUCAUUCGUUAUAUUCUUUUCUUGAAGGUUUGUAAUGAAUAUGCAUUGUUUUAAUAGUUUUAAAUACCUCUCUCAUUAAGAUUUAGUCCUAGUACUAGAACGACAAAAUUUAUUUUAAAAUGUAUACAUUUACCUCAGUUACAAAUGACACUCUACAGUGUUAGCAAUUAGGGAUUGCGGCUGAACGGCCAGGUACCUUGUACGCACACACCCCCACAGUCACAAGUGCGGAGGGUUGGGGCCAGCCCAGCAUCUGCCAAUUUCCAUUCCGGGCUAUUCAGUGUUAUCUUACACUCAAGACUAACCAACACUCUGUGACAGUUUCAGUGAAUUGUAUGUUGUUAGGUAUCUUUUUUUUGUUAUAAUGUUUAUACAUACAAAUUACUUUUUAAAAAUAACAAAAAUCUGGGUUAGUUUGAGGAGGUGCACUAUUAAUAGGGUAUUAAUAGGGUGACAUUGUGGCCAGUCCUUUUCCCCUGCACCGUGUGUGUGUAUGUGGGAUCUGCUUAUGUGUAGGUGUAAAGUACCUGGACCCGAAUUAUAGUCACUAUUUCUUAACACUAUAAUAACACAGUUGAUUCAUAUUACUUUUGCUCCUAUAACCUAGUUCUGUACUGUAUACCAAAAUUUACAUCUAAAAGAAUUGAUAGUUAAAAAGUUGUUUCCUACUCAUAAAUUUUUCUGUACAAUGUUUGUAGGGUACUGUUUUUAUGAAUUAAUCUGGGUAUAUACGACCAAACAGUAAUCUACCACAUGAUAAAAUACCUUACUUUUAAGUUUGUUUAGAAUGAAUUCUGUUAGAACCUUUAGUAAGGGUAUUCAAAAAAUGUAAUAAGCUAUUAAUUGAUUACAAUACAAGCUGUCUAACAUGUUCUGUCCACUGAAAUAUUAUUUCAGUAUUGCAUAUAUAAAUAUAGUUAUUGUAAUUUAAAGAGUGAGUCCAAUGAAUUAUGUUAUUAUAUUUUGUACAAAGACUGAUUAGUGUGUACAUAAUGUAAAAUAAAUAUGUAAUUUCUUUCACUGUAUAAAAUAUUUUCAUUUUCAUAUGAAAAUUAAUGUAUUUCUGAAUAUGAAGAACUGUAAUAAACUCUUAAGUCAAA